UGUUCUGGAAAAUAAAAAAUUUGCUUGAUAGCUAUGCUUGAUCUAUGGAGCACUCGUGAGGUCGACACUUCUAAAAUAUUACUAAAUCACACGUCUAGAUAGACUUUUAUCAUUAGCUUAAUCUAAGUCUCACGACGGACGCAUGUUAACUUUUUUAGCACUCGAAAUACACGAAACUUUUACAAUAUACACAAAUUGAUAAGUACAUUCUCAUACAAUAUUUUUUUGUAAAAAAUUUUCAUGUAAUUUUAAAUUUUAUUGGGAAAAUGAAAUGUUACAUUUUGCUUUUUAAAAAACAUAAACAAAAAGGCCACCUUUGAUUGGAGUUUACUGUCUAGAUUAUAGACCAUAUAGACUAAUAUCAUCUCAACCGUUAAUAAGGUAAAUCUCACCAUAUGACCCAAGUUGUCAAGGAUUGAGAUUGGCUUAAUAUAUUUAAUGCAUAGACAUGCUCCGUGAUAUCAACCUUCUGUCUGUUUUUGACUUUUGAAGUCGUAAUCAAGGGAGCUCCUUUGAUUUUCAUCCACAGUAAACCCCAAAAUCAGCAGACUAAGGAACCAAUUAGCAGAUUGUCUCAAUCUCCAUCUCCGCUUAAAAGCAAUAGUAUAACCCUUUAGAGAAAAAGAAGAAGAAGAAACCCUCUUCAUUUCUUGAUCAAACCCACCAUUUCUUUCGAUCUAGUCCGUCCUCCAACACUCCUCAGAAAACCUCAAGAACAGAACCUCAAAAGAGCAAACAAGAGAACCAAAUCUUGAUGGCAAAGUGCUUCAGCUUAUCAGCGACAUAUGACCGAUGGUGUCGCUUCUCCUUUUCUCGGGCAGGCCUGAAAUCGACCACCACCGACCUCGGCGAAGGCACGGUCAUGCACUGUUGGGUCCCCAAAACGUACAAGCCCAAUAAGCCCAACUUGCUCCUCUUACAUGGCCUCGGACCCACCGGACUGUGGACGUGGAACAUGUUCAUCUCGCGCUUCAUCGAGAGAUUCAACGUGUACGUGCCUGAUCUCUUGUUCUUCGGCGAUUCCUACACGACCCGGCCCGAGUGGACCGAGCAUUUUCAGGCUCAGUGCGUCGCAGGAGCCUUGAAGUCUCAGGGAGUGACAAAGACGAACGUGGUGGGGCCAAGUUACGGUGGGUUCGUGGCGUAUAGCUUGGCGGCGCAGUUCCCGGAGAUGGUUGAGAAGUUGGUUCUGUGGGGUGCAGGGGUUUGUAUGGAGGAGAAGGACGUGGAGGAUGGGAUGUUUCAGGUGAAGAGCACGGACGAGGCCGUGAAAUUGCUGUUACCACGGACGCCAGAGAAGAUGAAGGAGAUGCUCAAGGUCGUAUUUUACAAGCCCGUGAUGAGUAUUCCCACUUGCUUUCUGCAGGAUUUCAUUGAUUUUAUUGGCAUGGAGCACCUUCAAGAAUGGACACGGCUGAUCAAUGCCUUAUUCAAAGAUAGGAAGAUGUCUAAUCUUCCCAAGAUAACUCAGCCAACACUAAUAAUCUGGGGCGAAUAUGAUAAAGUCUUCCCAUUGGAAUUGGGUCAAAGAUUAAAGAGGCAUUUGGAUGAAAAUGCGCAAUUAGUGGUUAUAAAGGAUUGUGGUCAUGCGGCGAAUGGAGGAGAGGUGAAAGAGAUGUACAAACACAUGAAGUCGUUCCUCAUAGACCCACUCCUUCAGCCAAAGAAGGCAAAUCAAACCAAAGGCCAGAAGGUGCACUGAGGGUCAGCAAUGAGUUUAUAGUCGAAUCAGCCUUCUGCAGCAUGCUUGUCCAAGUUAUGUGCAUAUUAAUAUAAGCUACGUGAUUAGAAGAAACGUAGUUCAACAUAUUGAACUGAUGAACAGCUAGGCCAUAGUGUGGGGAAUAUUUCCUUUUGUCCUCGAGAUAUUGCAUUACAGAUGCAUGUUUUUGGGUUCAGUGUAAAUUCUGCUAGAUUAAUGUUGUAAUGUUUGCUUGUAAUACUGCUUUCACAGUACGCAAAUCAAAUUUAUGCCAUUGUGA